UAAAUUCAAUUCGAUUUGUUAUUCGUUUCGAUUCGAUUCGAAAAUUUCGGAUAUCCAUAAACCUUCGAAACAAAACAAAUACUAAAAAUCAAUAUCCAUUAAUAUCGAAGCAAAUCACAAAUAUUAAAAUUUUGGGAAGCUGAUAUCCGAUCCGAUCCGACAAUAUAUAAAUACAUGUAUAUUUUGAUUAUAUUUAAAGUUUUAAAUGUAUAAAAUUAUAUAAUUAUUAUUCUAACAUAUGAUUGACAUAUUCUAUUCACACUAUUACUUAUAUAAGAGUAUUACGUAAAAGGAAGAGAAAUUUUUUAUAACAGUUAUAACCAUUUUCUUAAGUUUUUUUGUUAUUAUAAUUGUUACCUAAGUUUAAAAAUUUACAAAAUAUGUAGACUCACAACUUCUUUUAAUUUUUAUCUUAUAUAUCAUGCAAAAACAUAUUUUACAAAACAAAUUUGUUUCAAAUUUUUAAGAUUAUUUGUAUUAAUCAAAGCAGAUAAGAUAUCCAUAAGUAUCCGUAAAUAUCUGCAAAUAUCUAUUUAUUUUCCGGAUAUCCGUUUUCCGAAUAUCCGUGUUUAUCCGAAUAUCCUUAUUUUUCCGAAGCAAAGCAAAUCUAAAAAUUAGAUAUCUGUAACAUACGAAACAAAUCAUAAAUACUUUCAAAAACUCGGAUAUCUGAUCCCGUGCCCAUGCCUAUUGUUAACAAAUUAAGUGGACCGCGUGCAAAUGGUUACACAAUUAUUUGAAAUCACUGUGGAUGCAUGCAGUACUUGGCUCCAAGACCAACAUUAUUUCAAAGAUCAGAGAGAGAAUUCGCCUUUCUCUCUACCUGACCGGAGCUAUUCAAAACGCACCGUAUCAGCUAUAAGCAUACAAGCUUCGUUUAGUGGGCUCUAAAAGCAGCAUUAACCCUGUUUCUUAAGUUGGUUCUUGAGAGGUGGGUUCCACAGUUUUAAUAAAAAUCGUCUCUUAAUGCUUUUCUGUAAGGGGCGCUUCUAACUCGGUUUUAGCACUGUUUGCGGGCCCCACUGACACGUGACGGCCCGCAAUUGGUUAAUUUUUUUUUUUUAUGAAAAAAAAUUAAAAAAAAAAAUUUUCACCUAAAAACCCGUGUAAGAGGCUCUAACUAAAUUGCUCAUGCAUAAUAAAAAAAAGGUCAUAACUACCUAAAAACGGCAACUACUUUACAAACUUGGCGGAAAGCAGAGUUCGUAGAGUUACAAGUUUGUGAAACAUCAUUUCAUUUGCGUGUUUGCCCUUUCUAGUUAGUUGAAAAAUAUCUGGUAAAGCUCAUUACUUUAACCAAAGGAAAGCUAUAAUGAUGUGUCUCUUUGUCUCGUUUUUGAGGAAACUAAGGGUUUUAAUAUUAAGAUCCUUACCUUAAUCAAUAUACAUCUCUCUCUCUCUUUCUGUCCUGUCUAGAUCUUGCGUAGAUGAGAAAAUUUUUGCUUCUACUGUUCGUGUAAAAAUCACCAUCCCAAGUUUUUGCUUUUUGACUUCUUUUAGCUCUAGAAAUGGCUUCUGCUCUUCGAAUCUUCUCAAGGAGAAAGAUUUCACCAAAAUGGUUCUGCAAGACCUCCUCCACAAGCCCUCUUGUUCUUCAUCAUGUCAAAGAUUAUACUGGACCAUGCUUAACAGAUUCAAGCCUUCUUCUUGCUCGUAGUUUUCACAGGCAAGUGUUCUUUGAAGAUGGAAAGAAAAUGUCUUUUGGUCAACCAUUAGGUGCUUCUUCUGGAGUGUUUCUAUGUAGACACAUCUCCUCUUCUUCUUCUUCUUGCAAACCAGAAGAAUGGAGCAUAAAGAUUGAUGCCUUCGGAGAUAUUGUUGAGGGACUUGUCCCUGAGAAAUCUGUGGAAGCAAUGUCCACUACUAUAGAUGGAUGUAGUAGUGCUGCAGCAGUUGAAAACUUUUCUUCCCCUGUGAACUGCGUGCAUUAUGUGAUUAAUGGAAUCCAUGACCUUACUGGCUCCAACUUUAAAAUUUAUAAACACAUUCUAUAUUUGUACUGAUUUAUAUUAAACUCUCUUUCAUGGUACAUGGACAUCGUUUUAAUUUUUUGUCAAUUA